AUAGCGCUUAUCCUGGAAGUGACGUCACUUCCGGUGUGGUCGUCUUUUCUAGAAAAAAAAUGGCCGCUGUUGACAUCGACAUGCCGGCAGAACCAGAGCCCCAACUGUGCAAUCCGGAUGACAUGGAACGCGAGGCUGAAGGCUUCAAAGAGCAAGGAAAUGCGUUCUACAGCAAGAAGGAUUACUCCGAGGCUUUCAACUAUUACACAAAGGCCAUUGAGGCGUCCCCCAAAAACGCCAGUUACUAUGGCAACAGGGCAGCCACCCUCAUGAUGCUCUGCCGCUUCCGAGAGGCCCUGGCAGAUUCCCAGCAGGCCGUGCGUCUGGACGACUGCUUCAUGAAGGGGCAUCUACGCGAAGGAAAGUGCCACCUGUCUCUAGGAAACGCCAUGGCGGCCAGCCGCUGCUUCCAGAAGGUUCUGGAGCUGGAGCCGAGCAACCGAGAGGCUCAGAAUGAGAACAAGAACGCCACCACGCUGCUGGAGUUCGAGCGAAUGGCGGAUUUUGGCUUUGAAAAGCGGGAUUUCAGAAAGGUGGUGUACUGUAUGGACCGGGCCUUAACUCUGGCUUCCGCCUGCCACCGCUUCAAAAUCCUCAAGGCAGAGUGCCUCGCUCUGCUGGGACGUUAUCCAGAAGCCCAGUCUGUAGCGAGUGACAUCUUGAGGAUGGAUUCCACGAAUGCAGACGCCCUCUACGUCCGAGGCCUGUGUCUUUACUACGAGGACUGCAUCGAUAAGGCCGUGCAGUUCUUCGUCCAGGCUCUGCGCAUGGCACCUGACCAUGAAAAGGCCCGGCUCGCCUGCAGGAACGCCAAAGCCUUGAAAGCCAAGAAGGAGGAGGGAAACCUGGCGUUUAAGAGCUGCAGCUACGAAGCCGCCCACCAGCUGUACACGGAGGCGCUGGCGAUAGACCCCAACAACAUCAAGACCAACGCUAAACUCUACUGCAACAGAGCCACGGCAGGAGCAAAGCUGAAGAAACUUAAUCAAGCCAUCGAGGACUGUACCAGUGCAAUCAAGCUAGAUGACACGUACAUCAAGGCCUACUUAAGAAGAGCUCAGUGUUACAUGGACACGGAGCAGUAUGAGGAGGCUGUGCGGGACUAUGAAAAGGUUUAUCAGACAGAAAAAACCUCAGAUCACAAACAUCUGUUGAAGACGGCGCAGAUGGAGCUGAAGAAGAGCAAAAGGAAAGAUUACUACAAGGUGCUGGGGGUCGGCAAGAACGCCACCGAGGACGAGAUCAAGAAAGCUUAUCGCAAACGGGCCCUUAUGCACCACCCAGACCGGCACAGUGCGGCCACACGAGAGGUGCAGAAGGAGGAGGAGAAGAAAUUCAAGGAAGUGGGCGAAGCCUUCACCGUCCUCUCUGACCCCAAGAAGAAGAGUCGUUACGACAACGGCCACGACCUGGAUGAUGACAGCGGCUUCGAUGGUGGAGAUUUCGAUGCCAACAACAUCUUCAGAGCUUUCUUUGGCGGCCAUGGUGGAGGAUACACUUUUGAUUCCAGUCCAGACGCUGGACCUGGAAAUUUCUUUUUCCAGUUCGGCUAAAGCGAAGGAGCGCGCGUGAAAAUGCAGCCUUGCAGCGGAUAAAAUCAAGUUGGACCCACAGUCACCUUGUGGCGCUCGCACCGCUGAGCGUCCCGCUAAGUCUCCCCCUACUCUUCUUUUGUUUUUGAUCAUUGCAUUCGCCCAGAAAUUUUACUCCCUACGUCAAUGCUAACGAACAUUAGGAGAAACAGAGGCUUUAGAUAUAAAAAAAAAAAAUAACACAAGAUAAAUAAGUAAGAAAUCGUUUGGAUCAGCCAAUCAGGAGCAUGUUUGUUUUUUGUUUGUUUUUUGCCAAAAUUGAAUUAAAUUGUAAAAAUCUAAUCUUGUAAAACGGCCUCUGCCUUCAUAAAGGUGAUCAAGUUAGCGUUUGGUUAUUUUAGAAGAUAUUUUAAGGUCGUCUUGGGACGGAAGGCGUCAGUGUAACCGUGGAAGUUCAAUGUCUGACCUCAGGACCGCCGGUUUCAGGACUCUCCUCCUCUCGCGAGGGCGCGUCCAGGUUCUUCUUGGCUCACUCGCCAAAUACAAACACCGACUUGCAGGGUUUUUCGUUUCUUCUCCAUGCUGCAUUGUAUAUUUGAUCCGAAUGUAAAAGGUUAAGUGUCGAUUUAGUCUUCCCUCGGUCUGUUUAUAUUUAUUGUACUGUACAUACUAAACCGUAUGCAGCAGAAUGCCAGUGGUCUUCGUCUCCCCCCCUUUUUUUUUUCCUCUCAAGACUCAUUUUGUAAAUGUGCUCCACCUUCCUCCUGUUCACUCUCAGCAAGUUAUUUCUACCCGAAACAGGCCAAAAGCAGAACACAUCUGCAGAUUUUCUGCAGAACAAUUUGACGAAUGUCCACUUCCACUCACCACCUUCACCCCCCACACACACACACAUCUGUCUCAAAUUCAAGUGGUGCCUUACCAGAACCAGAUAAUCUUCUUAUACAGUGAAACCACCAUUGAAAGUUGUGAAGCAAGUCGCAUCCUGUUUGGAACAAGGCAGCACUCCUCCUCGCACUUGUGUACGUUUUUGUUUUUGUGCUGUUUCCACCGAAAAAAUAAACUUUUUUUAUUCCACAUCCGGCCGAUAAACAAAACUUUUUGCGAAAUGAAUGAAAAUCUGCCUCCCGUCAAACAUGAAACGCUUUGGUUGUUGCGUCAUCGGCCUCACCUGUCGUAUCCGUCAUCCACCUGUACUCGUCCUGCAUGUUGGGUCAGCGCGACCUUUGCCCGGCUGGUUCCACCCUUUUAUUUGGGUAGUGAGUUGGAAGCUCCUGUUGUUAAUAUCUCUGAUCUAUGUGUCAUUUUUAAAACUUGUUACAGUAUUAACAAGACAUGCUUUUUUUUAAAAUUGUGAAAAAUAAAGGCUCGUCUUUUACUGUAA